GGGAAGUCUAUCCCACUCUGCGUUCGCUCCGCCGCCGCGCGCUUCGCGCGUCGUCGUCGCUCACUUGAGUGUGAUAGCCUUCCCAAUAAUUCAUUAUCACACGGCGACAAUGGAUCAGACUGGGACGGAAUGGGAGAGACUUCCCAAUGUGUUUUUAAUUUAAAGAACAUGGCACGCACGGCUUUGGUCUUAAUACAGAGUGGGAUACACUUCCCAACGUUUUGAUUAUGAGGUUUAGUAAUUUUUAGAUACCUGCAUUACAUGCACACUACAUAUUUAAUACACAAUCGCAAUGGAAUUUCAGUAGGUACACAACGCACACACACACACACAGUCUAUUACAUACAUGACUCUAGUUGGUCAGUGUUGGCUGUGUGAUGUUGAAGAUUCCGGGUUAGAAUCCCAGCCGGGGCAGAUAUUUGUUUAUAACCAAUAAGUGUUUGAUCUCGGUGUUGGAUGUUAAGUGUGAAUUAAGUAUGAUGUUUGUAUUGUAUGCCUAUGAAUAAGUGUUCUUGACGACCCUACAUUCAUAAAAAAUACAACGUCUUAAGAAUACAAAUAAUUAAAUUAAGUCGGAUGGCACAGUGGUUAGUAAUUCUAACUGUUGUGUCGAGGGUCCUGGGUUUGGUCUCCGGCCGGGGUAAAUAUUUGUUUUAAUCAUAGAUAAGUAUUUAUUCUCAGGUUUUGGAUGUGUCGAAAAAUGACAAUAGGCUUGCCCGCUCUUACAUUGGGUUUCUAAACAUCUCUGCCUACUCAUAAGGGGGUACAGUAGUAGAAGGCGUGUGUGUGUGUGUUUAUGUGCAUGUAUAUGUGUAAGUGGGUACUCAAGAAAUCUUGAAUGCGUAAAACACAAAAAAUAUAUACCUACUCAGAGCAGAGAUUACAAUCUUAUGAUUAAGUAAAGAUGACUGACGAAUCUAUUAAGUACCUACGUCACCUUUUCAGUUAAAACCAUUUAGGCUAUAUACCUACAUAAUAAUACUCAAAAAUAAGUACUUUAAAACAUGACCCUCCUUCUGACAUAGUCAGGAAUACACAGACUAGGUUCAUUAGCAUAAAUUAUGUUCCCUCAUAGACCUAUACUUACACAACUAGUAACUUGAAUAUUAAAUCGAAUAUAGAAUAUUAUCUAUCAUAUACUGUACAUUAAAUAAUUUAAUAAAAUGUGUUCCCUUUUUUUAUUACCUAAGUCUGGAAAGUAGUGGGGAACCCAAGACAUCUAUUUUGCUAGUCUACCACCGUAACCACUAGACCAACGAAGCAUUCAAUAUUAUAAUUUAGUUCCCAUCAACACACAAUUAUUGUCAGCAGUUUUAAUGUUAAUUGUGAAGCAGUGGCGGCGCGGCGGCAUAAACUCUUAUUACAAAAGUAUGAUAUUUCAUGGCGGCGGCGCCGACGACGGCGGCGGGGCGGCGGGGGAGGGGCUCACGUGUAAAAUUUAUGCAUUGAUAUCAAGUUUACCCGUGUGACCUGAAAAUCAUGAACGUAAGCGUUCAUUUCUGCCUGCGCGCUUCAAUCAAGCAUCCAUCCUGUUGCACCGUGUGUCGCUACCAUACCCCGCCCCGCACCGCGCCGCGCCCCCCGCAGACACCCGUGCCGUACCACUGCCACCGCCGCCGCCGCCACCGCCACCGCCGCCGCCACCGCCGCCGCCGCCGCCGCCCACCGCCCGCUGCCUCCGCGCCUAGCCAGCCUAUAGUGCCGCCUGCAUCAACUCAAGCAAACAAGCUCUAUCUUUGUAAAAUGUCUGAUUCUGAGUGCGAAUCAUUUGUUGCGCAAGACGCCGCCGCCGCCGCAGCGAAGAAGAAGCCAGCAGCGAGCAAGAGGAAGUCGAGCGCAAGUGCAUCGAGUACCUCAAGCAGUACCAACAAGUCCCAGAAAAAAAAGAAAACUGUGGAUGUGUUCGGACUCUGCAACGAGGACGAAUACAACGAAUGCGUGUUGCAGUCGAAGACUCUACCAUCAUUCGUUGUGAAUCGCGUGGCCAACGGUAACCAGCGGCGGGUUGGCAGCACAUCCGGCGAAUUCUAUGCGGAGCUGAAAGUCUACGCGCGCCACGACGCUGAGGAAGCUCCCAAGGACACCCGCUGGACAAAGGCCUUGCUCCGACUAAACUGCUACCUUGAAGAGGGCUCACCGCAGUGGAAGCUGUUGCAUCGCUUCGUGAAAGAGGCCGGUACACUCUUCGAGGACUGUGUACCGUCAUUUUAUAACCCCGACUUGGUUAAAAUUAAACAGGCCGACUGAGGCAAUUUUACUAUA